AUGUCGACCGAAUUUAAAUACGCUUGCGAUCUCGAUAAAUCGGUUUUGAUAAAUAAUUUCGAAAAACGUGGAUGGAUUGCCGUGUCCCCAGAUGAAGAUUGGAACUUUUACUGGGCGACAGUUCAGUCGGUAAGAAGUUUAUUUAGCGUUGAGAAUGGUUACAGAUUGAAUGAUUGCCAAAUAGUGAAUCACUUUCCGAAUCAUUACGAGCUGACGAGAAAAGAUUUGAUGGUGAAAAACAUCCGAAAAUACCGCAAAGAACUCGAAAAGGAUGGAAACGUGCUGGCCGACAAAGAUGAUUCCGGGAGAUAUAUCUACCUGGAUUUCAUCCCGAUAACGUUCAUGCUACCAGCUGACUAUAAUUUAUUUGUUGAAGAAUUUCGGAAAAACCCUUCAAGCACUUGGAUUAUGAAACCUGCCGGGAAAGCUCGGGGUAUCGGCAUAUUUCUCAUCAAUAAACUGUCCCAACUUAAGAAAUGGUCUCGAGACAGUAAAACAAAUUCGUUUUCAACACCGACAAAAGAAGUGUAUGUCAUUUCAAGAUACAUCGAUAAUCCUCUUUUGAUUGGCGGAAAGAAAUUUGAUCUUAGGUUGUACGUUCUCGUGACGUCAUUCAGACCUCUUAAGUGCUAUAUGUAUAGUUUAGGCUUCUGCCGAUUUUGCACUGUUAAGUACAAUGCCAACCUGAACGACCUCGACAACAUGUUUGUGCAUCUGACCAACGUUUCAAUACAGAAGGACGGGGACGACUAUAACUCAAUUCACGGUGGCAAGUGGACCAUCGAAAAUCUGAAGCUUUUCAUCGGCGGAACCAGGAGCAAGGAGAUCGCCGAUAAGCUAUUCGACGACAUCCACUGGCUUAUCGUUCACAGUUUAAAAGCCGUUGCUCCAAUAAUAGCCAACGAUCGGCACUGCUUCGAAACUUAUGGUUAUGAUAUUAUCAUAGACGACAACAUGAAACCCUGGCUGAUAGAGGUAAACGCUUCACCGUCGUUAACUUCCACAACUUCAGCUGACCGGAUAAUGAAGUACAAACUGAUAUCUGACGUCAUUAAUAUUGUCGUUCCUCAGGGCGAGACUCUUGAUCUAGCCCAAAACGACCUUCUCGUCUUUGAAUGCAAGGGUAGGCUUGGCUUCAAUUCUUUGUCCAGGCAGUCUAGAGAGGCUAAGAAAUUAUCAGGAUGUUGGAAGUGA